CAUCCUUCCGCCAAACCAAAGCUUCCACCUUUCAGCAUGCUCCGAUCCAAGUCCUCGAAGCCCUCAUCGCCGGCUAUCGCCGGCGACACCGCCACGGCCGUCGACGAGUGGGAGGUCCGCCCUGGUGGUAUGCUUGUCCAGAAACGCAACCCCAACGCCGACGCCGGCGCCGCUGCAUUUCCUCCAAUCCCGAACAUCCGCGUCCGCGUCAAGCACGGCUCCGCUUACCUUGACGUCUAUCUCAGCCCCCAAUCCACCUUCGGUGAGCUCAAGAAGCUCCUCUCGGAGCGCACUGGCCUCCACCCUCUCGACCAGAAGCUCGUCUACAAGGGCAAAGACCGGGAUUCGUCGGCGUAUCUUGAUAUCGCCGGUGUGAAAGACCGAUCUAAGAUAGUCUUGUUGGAGGAUUCCACCGCUCAGGCCAAACGUUUCCUGGAGAUGCGCCGCAGUGCGAAGAUGGAAAAGGCCGCCAAGUCCAUCUCCCAGAUCAGUGUCGAAGUCGACAAGCUUGCCCUUCAGGUCUCAGCUUUAGAUGUGGCUGUGAGUAAAGGAGUGAAGGUUGGAGAGAAUGAUGUGCUGAAUUUGAUUGAGCUUUUGAUGGCUCAGCUUAUCAAGCUUGAUGGCAUCGCCGCCGAUGGAGAAACCAAGCAGCAGAGAGGAAUGCAGGUGAGAAGAGUUCAGAAGUAUGUUGAAAGACUUGAUGUUCUUAAGAUCAAGAGCAAUGCAGAGCAACAAAAGAAGAAGCAGCAGCAGCAGCAAUUGCAAAUCCAGCAGCAGCAAGCAACAACCUUGGAUUUCUUUGACUCACUAUUUUCACCGCCUACACCAACGGCGAGCACUGUCACAACGGUGUCUUCAGCCUCUUCUGCACCUACUCCAAGGUUUGAUUGGGAGAUAUUCUAGUAUUCUGUCAAUGAAUUCAGUUUUUUGUCCACAUUUGUUGCUUGCUAGUUAUUGCUUCUGCAUGCUAUUCAUUUUCUGUGUGCAUAGCUACAUCAUCCAAGAGGAAGAGGAUGACAAUAAGUUGGUCUUUUGAUCAUAUUUGUUCCAAUAGUGAUUGCAAUGGAUUUGAUAGGACGAACAAAGAGAUAAAGAGAAACAGGAUUAUUUGUUCGGUUGUAACUAGUGAACUAGUGAGUGUUUUUCAUUGAAAGUGUCAUCAGAUUAUGAUUUCUCUGUA